UACAUAUUAUGUGAUCGACAAGACUCUUUUGAGGAGAGUUUGCAAGCAAAGGUGCGAUCUUAAAUCUCAAGUGUCCUGUACGCUGAAGUUUUGUCACGCUUCUUUGACACCUUGCAAGAUGGAUGGACCCUGGGUCCGUUCAGCGCGUCCGAUCCUGUUCGUGUUGACAGCGGUAGCUCUGUGUCUGAUCUGCAACGGAGUGUCAGUUCUAUCAGCGACAACACUACCACCAGUGUUAACAAUGAAUACCCCGCCAGGUAAUAUUACUCGUAUAGCAGCGUUGCCACCUGCAUUGCCGUCCGUAUUGCCAUCACCCCAACCCUUUACGAGUGGAACACAAGGUGGAAGUGGAAGUGGAACACAAGAAACGCCAAAUUGCAGUUUACCAGUGAUAGUAGGUGCUAACAUGUCAACAGACACAUACUAUCCUGGACAAAACACCACCGUUCAAUGCCUUCCCGGAUUUGUUUUGCAAGGAAGCUCACAACUGUUGUGUGACAGUAGUGCCCAGUGGACCACAGCCUUACCCAAGUGUCUAGAUGUGAAUGAAUGUGCAACGUCUCUGUACAACUGCAGUGGCAACUCCACAUGUAACAAUACUUUAGGUAGCUACACCUGUGAAUGUAAUGAUGGAUUUGUUGGCAAUGGCAAUGUUUGUAAAGUAACCUGCGGGAUACUACCCAGUGGAGCCUGGGCUUAUUCUUCUCUGACAACUUUUCGCGGCCAGUUGUAUGUAACACCUGGGAAAAUUAUCUACCAGACUUGCAGUUCCCCCCUGUAUGCCGAUCGUUACAUUUACAGAACAUGCCAAUACAAUGGGAGAUACGAUGUAUCAGCUGCAAGGUGCUUUCAUUUUUGCAAUUCCAGGUGUCUAAAUAUGUAUUGGUCAGAGAACUCACCACCUGGAACACUUCUUAUCACAUACUCGGCACCGAAUUUCACAAAUUUCCUUCACAUUUAUCGUUACUUUGGAGCUGCUGACUUGGAUGCAUAUCUGACUGUUCUUGGCAAUGGUACUGGAAAUCUGUCAAUCAUCACACGGAGUGAGCAUACGGGACUACAACUUCCUCUGUGGUGGGGGUCAUAUUUCCCACUGACAAUCCUUCAAGGAUCAACAAAGUGGGGAACAUGCAUGAAACAUGCUCGUGUAUUCUUUCGUACUGCUCCAAAGGUAACACCGGUUUUGAACAUAAGUGCAGAAAUUGUUCUGUCCAGUGCUCCCUUCGAUAUGAUUGAUUUGGAAAAUUUUACAGUGUCAGUCUCACCGCCAGCAACUGAUCUUUCAUACUUCAACAUCUGCUAUGCAUCAAACCCCAGCCUGAUAACAAAUUUCAAUUUGGAAAAGUAUGGGAAUGGCAGUGAUCUAUCACUAAUCCUGACUGCAGAUUUGGCAGCUCUGUCUGCCAAAAUAGAGAUGGAGCUCACAAUGACUUUAACCAUUUGUGUCAGUGACAACGCUAUUGGUAAAGAGAAUUCUAACCUUCUGCUCAAAGCAGUUGCUUGGCACAACGCUGAAACCAAACAGAAUAUCUCCCUUCAAUUUCGAAAAGAGGGAAGUUGCCCUAGGGUCAGGCCAAUUGGCAAUGGCAAACUUCAACCUGGUGAUACGGUGACCGAAGCCGAAACUGUAACCUUAGUAUGCGACCCCGGAUAUGCUAUUGCUGGAAAUGCAAAAACAGUGUGUGGAGCCAACAGUGCCUACUCAGCUUCACUUGGAAAGUGUAGAAAACCACCCAGUGCGACUAUGCAAGCUCAGUUCACUGUUAUCGAGGGUAGCAGGGUGAGAAUGCCUUGUUUGGUAUCUGGAGAUGUGCCCGUGGCUGUCAGCUGGCAUGACAAAAACGAUGACAUCAUCAUUCACAGUCGAAACUACAGAAUUGACGGUAUUCAGAACACACUCACUAUUAUGUCGGUGAAAUAUGGCAAAGAUCACGGCAGCAUCUCGUGCACGGCUUUGAACAAGGAGAUAAGCAAUACCACGCUCCGAACCAGCAAGGCAUCGACGUUUUUGGAUGUGAAAGUUCCAGCCACGAUUGAUCCUGGGCUGGCUGCGGUCACGAGUGCCUUUGUUAGUUCAACACUAUCAAUAUCGUGCUUCUUCGCUGGUGUACCCCAGCCUAGGGCCAUCUGGUGCCAGUUGGGGACUGAUGGCACAUGCCAGUCCAAACCGCCACAGGGAGAUACUUGCCCUUCGUUGAGCUCUGUGCUAUCAGCGGACAGCACAAACCUAGUCAUGGUGAUCAAUGACAUACAGCAGUGCCAUGCCGGUUUAUACCAGUGCUCUGUCGAGAACGAUAUCAACUCCAGGCUGGCAGUAUCACUAUCUACUAUCAAGCUUACAGUGCUGGAUGCAAGUCAGUUUGAAGUGACUGCACAGUUCGUUGGAUCUCAGUUGGCUACAGGGAUCAGCACGUCUGCUGCAAAGGACUUAGUGGCACAAACGCUGAGGUCCCUGGUGUCAAGCAGUAGGCACAAAUCCCAAGUCGAGUCUAGUGAUAUCACCAUCCUGCAAACAUCAGUAUCGGCGAUCGAGGCCAAGGCAGAAAUCACCUUGUCUUCGACACUCAUCCAGGAGAUCAAAGGCAACCAGUCACUUACGAACGGCCUGCGCCUGCAUCUACUGGAAAAUGUGAACAGUAACAAGAGCCAGCCAUUGACGAUGCAAACGGCUUCACUGAAAGUCGUCAGCUUUGAUACCUGCCCUGAGGAAUCAAUGACAGGUUUUCAGGGCACUCUACUCUGGCCGGAGACUUUUGGUGGCACUAGUGCUUUCCUCGACUGCCCUGUCGCUCUGGACGAUCGCAAGGUGGAGUUUGCGACGCGCGACUGUGUGGCAUAUCCCCGUCCCGGCUCUGCAGUAGGAACCAUUGCCAGAUGGAGCAGUCCCAACACCACAACAUGCCCAUCUCCUCUGACCAAGGAACUGCAGAAGCUCUCCAAGCUUGAUUUUAACACAAGUGACCCAGCACAAUUGGUGGACAGCACGAGAUUGAUAGUCAACGUGACCCAGGGUAGCACAUUCCUGUCGGAAGAUGACGUGGACUUUGCUGCUACUACCCUCCUGAACCUGGUGACAGUAACGAGUGGAGAUCAAAGACUGAAUGCAACUGUCGAAAUACAGGUUGCUGAUGCCGUCCUGAAGUCCGUGGACAAUAUACUGAAUGUUCCUGCAGAGAAAAUCGAAGCAGUAUCGGCAUCAAAAAUUGCACACUCAAUGGAGAAGUUGGUGACUAGUUUGGACGUCGAGGAUGGCACCACCUUACAGCGGGUCACUGACAAUGUGGGGUUUGCAGUUACGUGUCCGCUAAACCCGACAACACAAGGAUUUCGCACUGCAGAAGAAAGUGGGACUGACACCUUCCUGGUGGGGACACCAGCAAAGCCAGCUCUGGAAAAUAACUUGGACGUCGCGAUCGACAUUCCCUCUCAGGCAUUGCAGUUAGCCAAUGAAGGCAAGGACGGUGUGGGAAAUGACACGACAGCCUGCUCUCUGACCCAAUCCCAGUUCAUUCUCUAUCAGACUUCCAGCCUCUUCCAAGACAGCAGUAUAGGCGACAACACAUCCAUCGGAUCACUGAUCAUUUCCGCUCAGGCGGGUGACUCUCCGCUAGAGAACCUCAGUCAGCCUGUUCUCAUGUCGUUCAACGUGUCCAUGGCAACGACCGGUGGUGAAUAUGCAUACAAUUUGACCUGUGCAUUCUGGGACUUCAGUUUGGCAUACGGUGAAGGUGGCUGGAGUGGCGAGGGAUGUGAUCUGCUCAAUACGUCCGGAGACCAUGCCUUCUGCCAGUGCAAUCACCUGACAAGCUUUGCUGUUUUGGUGUCUCGACAGGCACUGCAUUCCCCUCUGCCACCCAGCAGCGCAGCUGAGCGAAGCCUCAGCAUCAUAUCGUACAUUGGCUGUGGAUUGUCCAUGAUAGGUCUGCUUGGGACCGUAGUCGUAAUCUUACGACUCAAGAAACUUCGCUCCCGCAGCCACCAAAAGCUGAUGUUUGGACUCUGCAUCACUCUCUUCCUCGCACUGUUGCUGUUUGUGUCGGCAGUAGCACCGGCCGCGUGGAGCAAGGGCUUGUGUCAGGCUGUGGCUUUGGUUCUCCAUGCACUCCUGCUGAUGGCGUUCAUGUGGAUGUCAGCAGAUGCAACUCUAAUUUACACCCAGCUGGUGAUUGUCUUCGGCGGACAAGCUGCAACUCUGCUCCGCAACCUAUUGAUUCUGAUUUUCUCUGUACCGGUGUUAGUGGUGCUGGUGACAGCUGCAUCUACACACAUGACGGCGUAUGGUAACGAAAACUUCUGCUGGAUAUCGAAUGACGCAGCAUUCUACGGUGCUUUCAUAGCUCCGAUGGCACUAACACUCGCCUACAAUGGUGUCAUUCUCUUCGCAGUAAUCAGAUCGCUGAAGAAACGCUCGCAAAACGUGAAGACAGCUCGCCGAAAGCAGGAGACAUCCGGAAAGCUCUACCUGCUUCGCAUCACCGUGUCUCUAUCCUUGAUGCUAGGUCUUACUUGGGUGGUUGGAGUGCUGACUGUGGUCGUUGAUCAUAUCUCUGUGCAGUAUAUCUUCGCCAUCCUGAACACACUGCAGGGUUUGUUUAUCUUUGUGCACACAGUUCGCUCCAAAGAUGUGCAAAAGGAAUGGAGCGAGAGCGUGUCGAGAAAGUCGGGACGCGACGGCAGCACGAUGUUCUCCGGCUCGUUCAGAUUCCAAGGCACACUGCAGCGCAUUGCAGAUUUCGGAGACAGCACCCUUGGCAAGGUUCGCAGCGGAUACCGCUCCGGUUUUGGCAGGCAGGAAUCCCAGUACGGGAGUGGAGCACCGACGCUAGGCACUACGUCGUUCAAAGGCUCCACACUAGAGUCGUGCACCAUGCAGGAAAGCUCAGCAGACACCAGCGCUGUCAUUCCGAAUCCACUUCUGGACCACUCCAUGUCGUUUAUGGCCGAUGACACACCUGCGGCUGUCUGCACACCCUUGGAGUCGAAUCCUGUACCACAGACUGAGGACUUAGCCACCACAUCUUUCUCAUUUACCGGAAAUCAGAAAAAGGAUGAGGUUGAUGAUGAAAAGACCAAACUAGCGGAGGAGUGAAUCUUCGUCCUGGGUACAGAGUUGUGAUCCUGGAAUGAUAAUGCUGCAUUGUUUUUUGCGUCUCCCCUGAUUUAAUUGUAGUCGAAUGGCCGACUUAAGGCACAUUGUUAUGAGUCACGUGAUUCCCAAUAUCAGUUGGGUUAUUAAUUUCAUGCCUUUGCUUGAUUCAGGUCAUAUAUUGCUACACCAAUUUCAUUAUUAUGAUAUGUGAACACGUUUUGCAUUGGGGUAGCGGCGAUGACUUCCACAUUAUGAGAAGCAACGCUGCAGCCCGUGAACUCCUGUUCCAUAUUAUGUGAUGGAGUAGACCAUACAGCUGCAGAACUGUUCAAAAUACCACCCUUGUGGUCUUCCAUGACCAUAGAAUCAGUGCCUCUGAGUACCUUUGCCAGCUUCAGACCUGUAUGAUUGUGUGUCGCUGUGUUUUCAUUUUUUAUCAAUCUAUAUAUUCUAGUGUUUGCUUCUUUGAUGCCAUAUUUUUUAUAGCACCUGACCCCAACAGGAAUUAAAUUUUAUUUAGUUUUUACAGUCAUGCAUGCUACCAGCCAGUGCAUUCGAAGCACAUUUCUAAUUCAUUUAACAUCUUUCUUGCCUACACCCAUUCUUCAUUCAUUAUACCUGAUUGGGGAAUUGUGUGUUGUAUCGAUGCAGUCGCACCAACCUCUUCUUGACA